AUGGAACUAGUGACAAGGUCUGUUGGAAUUAUUGGUACCGGAAAUAUGGCACGAGCCUUGGCAAAACGUCUCAUUUUCUCCGGCUAUAAAGUGGUGCUUGGUUCGAGGCGUCCAGAAGAUCGUCAGCAAUUAUUAUUAAAUGAUAUGUAUACGAAUGAUGUUGAAAUAACAGCUAUUAGCUCAUGCAUUGAACGAAACGAAAUAAUCUUUGUUGCAUUACACGUUGAAUUUUAUUCAUCAAUUUUGGUAGCCAAUUUAGAUGGUAAAAUUCUCGUCGACAUUUCAAAUCAAACAAGAGUAAAAAACUUAAACUUAUCUAAUGCCGAGUAUCUCAGUUCACUUGUGCCAAAUGGGCGUGUCGUUAAAGCAUUCAAUGUUCUACCGGCUUUUGUCAUAGAAAAUGAUGCAACUGGUGGUCCAAGACGCGUAUUUGUAGCUGGUGAUCAUGCCUCGGCCAAAGAUGCCGUCUGUUCUGUGGCACGAGAUAUGGGCUUUGAACCAGUGAAUUUAGGGGCGUUGGCUUCCUCACGCAAAAUGGAGAUGUAUGUGCUCACAUUAUUUCCUCUAUGGAGGUUGCCAUUCGUUCUGAUGUUGAUCGUGCUUACAAUAUGGCUGGUUUAUGUCGUUUACUUUUAUUUUAUGUAUAAGAAAGUUUAUAAUUGGCAUCAAAUAUUUAUACACGUGACGAAUAAAGUAUUGUGUACAUCUGCCAUCACUCUUCUCUCCCUGACCUAUCUCCCUGGAAGUAUCGCAGCGUUUAUCCAAAUAUUUUAUGGCACGAAGUAUCGUCGAUUUCCUGAAUGGUUCACCGGUUGGUUAUCUUCUCGUAAACAACUUGGUCUUCUCACAUUUUCCAUUGCACUCAUUCAUUCACUCAUGUCAAUCUUGGUCAUGUCACCGGCGUACUAUAUGUCAUGGUAUCAACCAACCAACAUUAUUGUCCGACGAAACUUUACAGACGAUCAGUAUUUUCCUCUGAAACCAUUGAUGAUUUGGAAAGGCGAGGCAGCAUCACUCUUCGGUAUUUUGGCAAUUUUCUGCAUGUCAGUUCUUGCCGUGGGUUCUAUUCCGUCCGUUGGCAAUACUCUCAACUGGCGCGAAUGGAGAUUCUUGCAAUCAUCUUUGGGAUAUCUCACCUUGUUACUAGCUGUCAUUCAUGUUUUCAUUAUGGCAACACCUAACUGGAUCAAGCUAGGUUUUCCGAAAAUGCUGUAUUCGAUCGGUUUUGUAAGUGUAGCUCUACCAGUCAUUACUCUAAUUCUGAAAUUUGCCAUUAGUCUCCCUUGUGUAAACAAUUAUGUGACAAAAAUACGUAUAGGAUGGGAGAGAGCAAAGCCUAGUCCACAGAUUUAA